AUUCACAAGAUUAAAGAUUACUUUAUUCAGGGUUGCUUUAUUAUAGGCAGCACGUCUUAUUUAUUUAGACAGCGGAACAUUGAAUUAAAUGGCGACAUGACGUCUGCCGGCCAGCCGCAACCUGUAGAAAUUAUGAAAGAAGUAAUUGACAUGAUAAGCAUAGCAAAGGUAAUGUUGCAUCGUCUACGAAGAAAUUAUGUCACCUAGCCUACGAAUAUCUCAGCUUGCCCGUUCAAAUCUCAUUUCGCUGUCCUGUCCUUUCGGUGGCACUGGGUUCCCGUGACAGCCCACACGGCCACCACCGAAAUCAUGUGAGAGAGAGAGAGAGAGAGGGAGAGGAUUUUCUUCGUUUUUCAUGUUUAUGGAAUUCAACCCAGUUCAUCGUAUAGAGCGAAAACUGGGGAGGAGGGAGUAGAGAGUAGAGAGAGAAGCAGAGUUGUAAGCAUUAGAAUAGAGGGAAACGCGCAGAACAGAGUGAGCGAUAAAGUGAACCCCCAAUUAACCAACAACAAUGCAGAACCAGUCCCAAUCCCCAGUUGCCACCAUUCCCAAAGACAACAAAACCCUCUACAUCCUGCUAGCCACCUCUCUCUGCUCUCUCCUCUUCAUUUUCUCUCUCUCCACCACGACUUCGCAGCCUUCCUCUGCAACUUCUGCGCCCGACCCAUUUCUCUUCCCGAACCGCCAGGCCCAUCGGACCCUCUUCCUCAACCCCAACCCCUCUCCAGAUCCACAUGCUCCAUCAAUUGCCUACCUCAUCUCCGGCUCCAAUGGCGACUCGGAUCGGAUCCUCCGGAUUCUCCUCGCCGCCUACCAUCCCAGAAACUUCUACCUCCUCCACCUCGACCUCUCCGCCUCUCAAUCAGAACGCGACACUCUCGCGUUUGCAGUUCAAUCGGUACCCAUAUUUCGAGCUGCCAAGAACGUCAAUGUCAUUGGCAAGGCCGAUUACGCGUACCCGAAAGGGUCGUCUCCGAUUUCUUCAAUGCUGCACGGCGCUUCGAUACUUCUUCGGUUGUCUUCUGCUUGGGAUUGGUUCAUCAACCUCUCUUCUAGAGAUUAUCCACUUGUCACUCAAGAUGAUCUUCUUCACAUAUUAUCAUUUCUACCCAAGGAUGUCAACUUCUUGAAUCACACAAGUAAUAUUGGCUGGAAAGAAUCUCGGAAAUUGAGACCAAUAAUUGUUGAUCCUGGGUUAUAUCUCUUGGAGGAGAGUGAAAUGUUUUUUGCCACUCAAAAGCGGGAACUGCCAAACGCUUAUAGAUUGUACACAGGUUCAUCUUCUGCCAUCUUAACUCGUAAAUUCGUUGAGUUCUGCAUUUUGGGUUCAGACAACUUACCAAGGACUUUACUGAUGUACUUGUCAAACAUGCCUUCAUCCCUACCAAAUUAUUUCCCGACUCUGUUAUGUAAUUCUCCACAGUUCAACAGGACAAUUAUAAAUCAUAAUUUACGGUACACUGCCUUCGACAUGAGGCAGGAAACCCGUGUGCUGAACGCCAGUGAUUUGGAUGACAUGAUCAAGAGUGGAGCAGCUUUUGCCACACCUUUUCUCCCUGAUGAUCCCCUUCUUGACCGCAUUGACCAAGAUUUUUUGAAUCGCAGUCCUGGCAAUGUUGUACCUGGAGGCUGGUGUUUAGGUGAGCAUGGAAAUGACAGUUGUGCUGUUUGGGGGGAUGCCAGUGUUCUGAGGCCUAGCUCUGGGGCGAGAAGGCUUGAAAAACGUAUCAUUGAACUGCUCUCAAAUAGGACAUUUCAGGCCCAUCAAUGUAAAGAUGAGUGAUCUUGAUAUAUAUAUUUUUAUCAUUUUUUAAGGAAAAAGGGGUAGCAUGCCAAAACAUGAAAAGGAAAAGAAUCAGUGCAAGCUGCCCUUUUGUUUGAAAAUUUUGUAAUAAACUCACCUUAAUGCCAAUUCUUUCACCACUGCUAAA